UUCUAUAAUGUGACUUCCCCCUGCUAAUUAACAUAUCAUUAACAUCUUUCUAUGUCUGCAAAAAGAUCCACAGAAUGUUUUGUAAUGACUACAGAGUAAGGCUGUAUCAUAAUUCCCUAUUAUUGUACUUUGAUUUUAAAAGGCGUUCAGUUUUUCACUGUUAUAUCUAAAGCUCACAUCAACAUCUUUGUACCAAAAUCUUAAUUAUUUCCUUAGGGUAGAAGUAGAAUUGCUGGUCAAAGGGUGUGUACAUUUUUAUGUCUUUCUGAAUGACUGUGUUUAUCUUCUGGCUAUUUGACAGGAGUGCUAGUUUCUCUAGACCAGUGUUUCUCAGCACGUCAGAAUCAUUCAGAUGCCCAGGCCUGGCUCCCAGAGACUCUGAUUUUGUGGAUUUAGGAUGGGACCCAGAAGCUGUAAUUUUUAAAAGCUCCCCGAGUGAUGCUCAGAUGCAGCCAAUUUGAUAGGUGAAAGUGGUAUUUCAGUAUUUUAAUUGUAAUUUUCUUCUGAAAUUGUUUCAGACAUUCAGACUUGGGAGAAGUGGCCCCGGAAAUAAAAGCAUCAGAAAGAGGAACAGCCCUGGCCAUUGCAGAUUUGGAAUGGAGAGAUAUGGAGGGAGAUGAUUGCGAGUCUCCUUACGGAGAUGGUACAAAUGAGGCUCAGGACAAUGACUUUCCAACAGUUGAGAGAAGCCGGCUUCAAGAAAUGCUGUCCCUUCUGGGACUCGAGACCUACCAGAUGCAGAAACUCACCCUCCAGGAUUCUCUGCAGAUCAGUUUUGACAGCAUGAAGAACUGGGCUCCUCAGGUACCCAAAGACUUGCCUUGGAACUUCCUCAGAAAGCUGCAGGCCCUCAAUGCUGAGGCCAGAAACACCACCAUGGUGCUGGACGCACCCCCGGACGCCCGGCCCGGGGAGGAGGGCCAGAUGGAGGAGGAGGUCCUCUACUGGGACACGGCCGACAACAUUGCCGCUGACAUUUAUUCCUUCUCCGAGCUGCCUACCCCAGACACUCCAGUGAACCCCCUGGACCUCCUCUGUGCCCUUCUGGUCUCCUCAGACAGUUUCCUGCAACAGGACAUCAUUUUAAAAAUGUUCCUCUGCCAGUUUGCACUCCCUCUUGUGUUGCCUGACUCAGAAAACCACUACCACAUGUUUCUGCUGUGGGCCCUGAGGGGACUAGUGAGGACAUGGUGGUUGCAGCCCCUGAGGGGGCCGGGGAGCUUCAAAGAGGACAGUGUGGUCCUCCCCAGGAUGCCCACCUUUGCCUUUGUGCGUAUGGACGUAAGCAGCAACUCCAAGUCGCAGCUUCUCAAUGCUGUCCUCAGCCCAGGCCGCAGGCUGCGUGACUGCUUCUGGCAUCGGGACCUGAACUUGGGCGCCAGCCCACGGGAGAUCGCAGAUGGGCUUGUCGAAAUCUCCUGGUUUUUCCCAAGUGGUAGGGAGGACUUGGACAUUUUCCCAGAGCCUGUGGCCUUCAUAAACCUGAGAGGUGACAUCGGGUCUCAUUGGCUGCAGUUUAAGUUGUUGACAGAUAUCUCCUCAGCCGUGUUUAUACUGACUGACAACAUCAGUAAGAAGGAGUACAAACUACUCUUCUCUAUGAAGGAGUCAAACACGAAAUACUAUUUCAUCCUUAGUCCCUACCGUGGGAAGCGGAACACAAACCUUAGGUUCCUGAAUAAGUUGAUCCCUGUGUUGAAAAUCGACUACUCUCAUGUUCUGGUGAAGGUCAGCAGCACGGACAGCGAGAGCUUCGUGAGGAGGCUGCAGUCCAUUGUGCGCUGCGUGAUGCGGUCCCCCUGCAGGAGGGUGUCCGUAGAGGACAUGGCACACGCGGCCCGCAAGCUGGGCCUCAGAGUGGACGAGGACUGUGAGGAGUGCCAGAAGGCCAAAGAGCGGAUGGAGAAAAUCACCAGGAAAAUCAGAGAUCCUGAGGCCUACAAAAGGGAGGAGCUGCGGCUGCAAGGAGAGCCCUGGAGGAAGGUGGCGCAGGUAGAGAAGGAGCUCUGCCAGCUUCACUGGGCUGGAGACUCUCCCGAGAAGUGCAGGUCUGAGCUGAGGGGCAGGUUACUGGAGCUUCGGGCGCAGCAGAACAGCCUCGACCCCACCUGGGGGGUGCAGGAGUUUGUCAGGGGCAUCAGCAGCCCCUCGCCAGGUGAGAAGCAGUAUUUCCUGAGGUGGAUGGAGCUAGGCCUGGCUCGCCUGGCCCAGCAGAGGCUGAGGCCCCCUCCAGAGACUCUUCUCAGCCUGAGGUCCAAGCACUGUGGGGCCGUGGACGCCACAGAGCCCCUCUGGCCUGAUCCCCUAGGGGUGGAGCACUUCCUGCGGGAAAUGGGGCAGUUCUACGAAGCUGAAAGCUGCCUGGUGGAGGCGGGGAAGCUGCCAGUGGGCCAGCGGCGGUUCGCCCACUUCCCGGGCCUUGCCUUGGAGCUGCUGCUGAGGGGGCUUCCGCUGGAGCUGGUGGACGGGGGCAGCCUGAGUGUCCCCCUGCGCUGGGUCACUGGGCUGCUGAAGGAGCUGCACACCCGGCUGGAGAGGAGGUCACGCCUGGUGGUUCUGUCUGUGCUGGGGGUACCAGGCACAGGCAAGUCCACACUGCUCAACACCAUGUUUGGGCUGCGGUUUGCCACUGGGAAGAGCAGCAGCCCUCGGGGGGCCUUCAUGCAGCUUGUGGAAGUGGCCGAAGGUUUCAGCCAGGACCUGGGCUGUGAUCACAUCCUAGUGAUAGACUCGGGAGGUUGGAUUGGUGGGGCGUUGACCACGACAGGGGAGAGGUUUGAGCUGGAGGCCUCCUUGGCCACUCUGAUUAUGGGACUGAGCAACGUCACUGUGGUCAGUUUAGCGGAAACGAGGGAUGUCCCGCUGGCUCUUCUGCAUGCGUUUCUGAGGCUGGAGACCACAGGGCACGCUCCCAGCUAUCAGUUUGUGUACCAGAACCUUCAUGGCACAUCUGCCCCCAACCCCCAGCUGAGAGAUGGGAGGCAGUGCCCAGAGCCACUGAGUGAUGGGGGCCUGGCUGUGGCCUGUGGGGAGACACGAGGGGAUGGUGUCCGGACACUGGCCGAUGUGGCCUUUGGUGACCCUGAGAAACAGCAUGUCUGGCACAUUCCUGGUCUGUGGCAUGGGGUGCCCCCCAUGGCUGCUGUGAGCUUGGGAUACAGUGAAGCCAUUUUUGAGUUGAAGAGAUGCCUGCUAGAAAACAUCAGGAAUGGUCUAUCCAACCAAAACAAAAACAUCCAGCAGCUCAUUGAGCUGGUGAGGCGGCUGUGAGUUCAGAGAGGAAGGAAGUCAAGCUGCAGAACACCUGCUGUGCGGGGUCUGUGUGAACAGGAGUGGGCUUCCACGUGGGGGGCACCCCAGGGCGGUGAUGCCCAGCCCUGGACCGAGGCCAGUUGAGGUAGUGUCUGGUGCCUGAUCAGACAAGCACCGGAGAAGGAAGACAAGCAAUAGAUCAGGAGCCUGGUGUCUCCUGAACAAUGUUGAGAAAGGAAGUAACCUCACAGACAGGUACCUGGGGGUGGGGGGUUGGGGAGACGCACAAGCAGGAAUUUGUUUUCUGGCUCUGAGCCCCUUCAAGGUUCCUCUGAAGCUGGUCUCUUGUACAGCUGACCUGUUUCCUGCAGCCUGGGUGGUGAGUAGCUGCCCUCAGUCCCUCCAGGCCCUGGCAGUCAGGGUUACCCAGGAGAGAGGUGGGGGACAUUGUCAUGAGCACGCAGAAGUAGGCCUCUCCUCCAGCAGCCUGGGGGCUCCACGUGGAUCAGGUUAUGGCCCUGCCAGCACCAGAGAAGUUUGGGUAACAUAACCUGCCCCACUGGGUGCGUGCCACCGCGGCAUGCAAGGCACGGCCAGACACUGUGUUGACUGACGGUGAAGCCUUCCCUGACAUCCCUCCGCCCCCCAGGAAGAGUUGCUUGCUCCCUUUCGUGCCCCCAGCACUUUGUUUAUACCUCUACGAUGACAUUCAACAUAGCGUAUUGUAAUUUAUCUGUUUACAUGUCUGCCCCUCCCCCUAGACUGUGAGCUCCUUGAGGGCAGGGGCCAUGUAUUAUCCAACUUUGUAUCCCCAGCG